GAGAAUCUUAACCUUUCAAUUUAUUUCCUACAGAAAUAGUUAAGAAGAUAAACACCAGAACAGUCCACAUUCAACUGAUAGAAGUUGUAAUAUUUGUGGCUGGGAUCUUUCAAUCUGAGACGUUUUAGGUGAAUUCUCUAUCCACGGUUGUCCAUAACAGAUCAACGGUAUGGAUUCCUAUCUAGCACAUGAUGUGCAGAGAUGAGGCCACCGUGUCUUAUAGUUGCACAAUACAUGAAGAGACCAACCUUAUCCACUCUGCAACAAAUCCAAACCGUUGAAAAUUGAGGAAACUGAUCAACUUCCUCUUUCAAACCACCUUACCCGAUUCCAUUCUCCUUCUUUGCUACUGCUUUCCUUUCCUCUGCUUUUGAAUACAACGGUCGGAUUUGAUGGAAAAAACCACCCCAUUUCACUUACAUACCUCUCUGCCCCGAAUCCCUGUCAUCCACAAGAGAAAGAGAAGCAAUACCAGCUUUCAUGUCCUUGGAGUUGCAGACGUCUCCAUGGAAAACCUACUUCCUUCUCUCAGAUUUCCCCCUCAUUCAUGUGAUUUUAGUGACACCAUGAAGCUACAAUCUCUAAAUUCAGCGAAACAGAUCCAUGCCCAGAUCAUAAAAUCGGCAUCUGGGUGGAAUUCGGACUCUUUCGUAAGCAAACUGAUUUGCGUGUACGCAGAAAUGGGAGAUUUCCGAUCAGCUGCCAUGGUUUUCUUUAUGGGUUUUGAGAGGAAUUCUCUCUCUUGGAGUUCUUUAAUGGAAGAAUUCGAAAAGAAUGGCGGGAGAUGGCGUGAAUUGCUUGCAAUUUUGCACGAAUUGCAUAGAGAAGAAAUGAUAUUCGACUGCAGAAUUCUGACAGCUGUCCUUAGAAUCUGCACGAGCUUGAUGGAUUCUCGCUUGGGUGAGGAAAUCCAUGCUUGUGGGAUCAAGAGUGGUUUCGAUUCAGAUAUCCAUUUGAAAUGUGCUCUGAUGGAGUUUUAUUUGAAUUGCUGCGGCUUUGAAUGCAUUGCUAAGAUGUUCGAUGAGAUGGAAGUGAGGAAUCCUCUUCUAUGGAAAGAGGCGAUAAUGUUGAAUUCUCGAAACGGUUUGUGGUUGGAAAGCCUUGAAUUGUUCCGUCAGAUGCAAUUCUCAUUUGUGGAAGCUGAUGGUUUCACGAUCGCGAAAGUUCUUCAGGCGUGUGGGAGGGUGGGAGCUCUCAAACAAGGAAUGCAGAUCCAUGGGUAUGUUAUCCGGUCUGGUUGCAUUUCAGAUUUGUUAAUAUGCAAUUCUUUGAUUAGCAUGUAUUCAAAAAAUUCCAAAUUGGUAUUGGCGAGAGCCGUCUUUGAUUCGAUGGGUAGUCAUAGUUCUGUCUCGUGGAAUUCGAUGAUUUCGGGUUAUGCUCUCAACGGUUUUAUUGAUGAAGCAUGGAAACUCUUAGAUGAAAUGGCAUUGUCUGAGACGAAACCGGAUAUUGUCACUUGGAGUUCUCUUGUAUCAGGCCAUUCUCUUUAUGGGCUUCAUGAUGAAAUUCUGAAAGUUUUGUGGAGAAUGCAGACUGCAGGCUUCAAGCCGAAUUCAAGCUCCAUAACGAGCGUUCUUCAAGCAGUUAGUGAAUCAGGCUUGCUGAGAUUGGGGAAGGAAAUCCAUGGCUACGCGAUAAGAAACGGGAUCGUAAAUGACAUGUAUGUUGGAACUUCAUUGGUAGACAUGUAUGUGAAGAAGGGUAGAUUAACCGAUGCUCGAUCAGUCGUUUAUAAUCUGAAAUUUAGAAACGUUUUCGCAUGGAAUUCAUUGAUUUCGGGAUAUGCGUAUAAUGGUUUUUUUGACAAAGCAUUGGAGCUAUUGAAAGAGAUGGAGAAGGACGGGAUCAAGCCCGAUCUGAUCACAUGGAACAGUUUGAUUUCAGGGUAUGCGAUGAAGGGGCUCAGCAAGCAGGCUCUGGUGUUGAUCCGUCAGCUGAGGAUGUUGGGCUUGAAUCCUAACGUCGUUUCCUGGACUGCUCUCAUCUCAGGCUGUUCUCAGACAGGAAAUUAUGUAGAGUCCCUCGACUUCUUUGUCCAAAUGCAGCAAGCAGGAAUCAAACCCAACUCAGCCACCAUAGCUAGCUCACUUCGAGCCUGCGCUGGCCUGGCUAUGUUACUGAAGGGUGCAGAAUUACACUGCUCUGCGAUUAGGAAUGGUUUUGACAGAGAUAUAUUCGUCGCUACUGCACUCAUUGACAUGUAUUGUAAAUCGGGUAGUUUGCAUAAUGCUAGUCGAGUGUUUGGGAAGAUUCAGAACAAAAAUCUUGCCUCUUGGAAUGCCAUGAUCAUGGGAUUUGCCAUUCAUGGCCUCGGUGAAGAGGUGAUUUUGCUUUUUAAUGAAAUGUGCAAGAUGGGUAUUCGUCCAGAUGGUAUAACAUUCACUGCACUCCUCUCAGGUUGUAGACAUUCGGGAAUGCUUGCUGAAGGAUGGAAGUAUUUUGACAGCAUGAGGACGGAAUAUGGUAUAAACCCAACACUCGAGCAUUACGCUUGCAUGGUCGAUCUUCUUGGACGAGGCGGGUAUGUGGACGAAGCUUGGGAUUUUCUAAGGACAAUGCCAUUAGAACCUGAUGCUGCCAUGUGGGGUGCGCUGCUCGGAGCGUGUAGAAUUCAUAGGAACUUGGAGCUCGCUGAAAUCGCGGCGGAAAAUCUGUUCAAACUGGAGCCGGAUAAUUCAGGGAACUAUCUGCUGCUGAUGAAUUUAUAUGCUGCUGAAAACCGAUGGGAAGAUGUCGAGAAUCUGAGGGAUGUGAUGAAUAUUGUUGGGGUGAAGAACAGGCCCGGAUGGAGCUGGAUACGGAUCGAUCAUAUGGUCCAUCUUUUCUCUGUAGAUGGGAAACCCCACCCAGAUGUUGGAGAGAUAUACUUUGAAUUAUAUCAGCUGGUUCUGAAAAUACAGAAAAUGGGGUACGAGCCCGAUACAAGUUGUGUAGUUCAGAACGUUGACGAGGAGGAAAAGAAGUUGUUGUUGCUUAGUCACACCGAGAAGCUGGCGAUUACUUAUGGGUUGAUCAAGACCGGAGAGGGCACACCCAUCAGGGUGAUAAAGAACACGAGAGUAUGCAAUGACUGUCAUUCGAUGGCGAAAUACAUUUCACAAAUAAGCUGCCGCGAGAUUUUCCUUAGGGACGGUGUUCGGUUCCAUCAUUUCGCAGGCGGAAAAUGCUCAUGCAAUGACUACUGGUAGAAGGCAAGAUGACUCGGAACUAUAUAGAGACCGAUACUAUCGAGAAAGAACAACUGAAAUAUCGAUCGAGAUGGCUAUUGCUUGGUGCAUAGACAUGCAAUGAGAUUCAAGAAAUGAUGAGCCUAUAUGGUGCGUUUAAGCUUUAAACCGCCAGGCUUUGGAUGAGGUGUGAACGGGCAUGAAGAUGGAACUGAAGGAAUGGUAAAUCCAUCUUCUGUAAGAAUGUGAAAGAAGAUUGAACUCGCACAAUAGCAAUGCAUGGAGAGCAGCAGAAUGACAGAUAGGUAUGUUCUGAUGGGUUCGAACGUGUGUGGCUUCAAAACAAAGAAAAAACAAACAAACAGCAAAUAGGCGCCUGAAACAGAUGACAUCAAAAUUGAAAGUGCCGGAAAUCCAUCUAGCUUGACGGGCUCAAGGUUGAAAUGAGCACAGGAGAAACAGAAGAGCUUUUCCUGGAUAUCCUGAACAUACCCUUAUGCAGUUUCAUAUGGUCGAACUGAGGAGCUUGUAACUGCAUCCAAGCUUGCAUAGAAAUGUUUCACAUGCACCACAUGCACUGUAAAUCAUUACAGACUGAAUCCAGAUCGUUGAAUUGUCAAUAAGGACCAGAUUGGUUGA